AAGUCUUCGUAGGGGAGACUAACCAAAGAGGAAAACUUGGACACUUUUUUUUUUAGGAAAACAGUAAAAGUUUGGGAGAAAGAUCCAACAUGGCAGUUGCCAGCAUGGCCUUGCCUGGCUCCACAGCAGGCCCCACGCUGGGUUUUGAUGACUACAGUCUCUACAGCAACCUGUCAGAUGAUGAGCUGAUGCAGCUGGCUAUCGAACGCAGCCUCAGUGAGACCCAUGAUGCCACUGCACCGGGUGAAGCCAGCAACACCACCACAGCUCUAGGAAGAAGAACAGGCCAGUAUAGGGCCAAUCCACCCCCAACCAGACUGAACCCACCAAAUCCACCAAGGCAGGAAUCAAGCCAUAGGCCGCCUACUGCCAAACCAACAGACGCAGAAGAGGACACUAUUGUGAAAGCCAUCCUGAAUGGUGAUGUGACUACGUUACGAGCUAUGGCUAAAGACACCGGGAAUAACAUACUGCGGCCUGACAAGUAUGGAUGGAUCCCGCUGCACGAGGCUGCAUAUUAUGGCCAAGACCAGUGUGUCAGGGUUCUUCUUGGGGCUCAACCUGGAAUGAUUAACAAAUGCGACCUGAAAGGCCAGACUGCUCUUAUCUUGGCGGUGGGCAGGGAAAGGGUGGCCUGUGUAGAGGCGCUUCUGGAGAAAGGGGCAGACCUAGAACUCGCCACCAAGGAGAGAGAGACCCCCCUCUACAAAGCUUGUGAAAGGGAGAAUGCUGAGAUUGUGGCCAUGCUUCUGAAUCACGGUGCUGUGGUGAACAAACACUGCAUCCAGGGCUGGACGGCUCUCCAGGAGGCUGUGAGCCGCAACAGUGUGGAGAUAUGUGAGAUGUUGCUCAAGGCCGGGGCUAAGCUCAGCCCAACCAACAUGUACGGUAUCACGCCCCUGUUUACUGCAGCCCAGAGUGGAUGUGUGGAAACACUUCGAUUUCUCAUUAAACACGGUGCUGAUAUCAACAGCGAGGCCAGCGAUGGGGCCACAGCUCUGUAUGAGGCGGCUAAGAAUGGCCAUGAAGACAUUGUGAAGCUUCUUCUUUCUCAGAAUGCUGAUGCCAACAAAGCGGGCAAGAAAGGACUUCUGCCACUACAUAUCGCUGCCCAACGAGGAACUGAUGGAAAAACCCUGCUGACCUAUGACUUCUACAAUUAUGACAAGUCAGUUAAUAUCGUGUCAUUGCUGAUCAAAGCCACCAGCAAGUCCAGAGUGAAUCGCAGUGGCAUCAGUCCCCUCCAUCUUGCCGCAGAGUGCAACAGGGAUGAAGUCCUGGAGGUCCUAAUCGAGGCCGGCUACGAUGUCAAUGCCAUGCUGUCAGAGGACCGCUCCAAGAUGUACGAGGAUCAUCGCAGCACAAUUCUAUACUUUGCCGUCGCCAACGGCAAUGUGGAAGCGACCACCAUGCUUCUAGAAGCCGGUGCCAACCCCAACCUAGACACCUUCAACACGCUACUGGUGGCCGUGAGGCAGGGUAGUAUCGAAUUGGUCACUUUGUUGGUGGAGCAUGGGGCCAACGUUAACGCCUACGUCCUGACUCACCCCACCUCAUUCCCGGCCACUGUCAUGUUCAGUAUGAAGUACCUGUCCAUGCUGAAGUAUUUGAUGGACAAUGGCUGUGAUGCCCACUCCUGUUUUAGCUGCACUUACGGCAGUGGUCCACAUCCACCCAUUCAAGAGACAUCUGAGAGGGAUGACUUGCGCUAUAAUAACGAUACACGCAGGAAUACUGUGAAAACUGUUCAGUUCUGUGAGAUAAUCUCAACUCAGGCAAUAAACCGCUGGGCAGGACCCAUCAUAGACGUACUCCUGGAUUAUGUUGGCCAUGUGAAACUCUGCUCCAGACUUACUGAACACCUAGAAAGCUUUGGGGACUGGGAAGCCAUCAAGGAGAAAGCAACGCCCCCGCGUCCACUGAUGCAGCUGUGUAGGCUGAAGAUCCGGCAGCAGGUUGGACUCCACAGACUGAGGUGCAUCAACAAACUGCCCCUCCCACCACGAGUAAUCAAGUACCUUAACCACGAAGAGCGCAACCAAGAAGAGUUUUGUGCAUUCUAGAGAGUGACAUCAUAGUCA